GCAGCAAAAUCGAUCAGAGCUGUUUAACUUAUAUUAUAUUACAGUCCGCACUCCGCAGGUUUUAACACUGCGUUCGUCGUACCAUUCUCGCAGAAAGGGCACAUACACCGUUUACCAGCACGACUGCAGCACAACAUACUUUUCUGUAGCACAACAUGAACCUGGCAAUCGUCGCAGCAUUAAUCAUAUUCGUUUUCCUGGCCCCGCCCAUCGUUGGGGAAACUUGCGAUGGACUCCAGUCACAAUGCGACGAACUGCACCGUGAUGAGUGAUGACGCUGACUACCAUAAUCGCCUGCUGCCUCCUACUGCUGACAGCUCCAUGUGGCCGGUAUCCGAGGCGGAUCUCCAACAAUACAGACCGUCUGCUGACGCCUACUGCCGUCGGGGCGUGGAGCUGGGAAACUGCAUGAAAAAACUAUAUUCCCGUUGUCCUGAGGUAUACAACAGCGAGAAGGACACUUACCGCGGAUGGUACGGACCGGAGUGGCUAAUUGUCACCGGUGGCCUGUCCAACACAACCGUAGGACCGGUGAAAUUCUUCCGCGCUGUCACACACUGUUCUCCGCCAGAUCAGUCCAAGUUCUUCUCCUGCUGCUUUCUGAAACCGUAUGCUCCACAUGAAGAGAAUGGAAAUGCGUCCGUUGCCCAUCAGAAUAUCUGCGAGCAGUUGAAAGUAACCGUGGAACGCAUCAGUGGCGCGGAUGGUGUCGAAUUUGGCGGGAAAUGUGGUCAAGACGCUGUGACAGCGAUCAAGGAGGCGCAUGAGCAGCUACGCAGCAGCUACUGCUCCAAACCAUAAACGUAGUGCGCAUAAAAUUUAUUUUGUUGUGCAUAUAAAACUGUAUUCCCGUUGUCUGUUUUGACCGGUUAGUAAGAUCGAUGGUGAUUAUGCGAUGACAAGAUAACGAGUGCUUCCAGUGGGUAUCAGAUUUUCAGCUGAAAACGUGAAAUA